UUCGCAAAAGAAAUCCCGAGGAAGAAAAGUGGUUUUAAAAAAAAUCACCGGAGGCGUGAUCUAUGGGAGUAAGACUGAGAGAGACCCGAACUCAACGGAGGACGAUGCCGAGUUUGAUCUGGGAAUUACAAGUCUAGAUUUUGCAACUUUCUACUUCUCCUUGCUGCCUCUCCUACAAUUUGUUACAACAGCCGUGGACCCUAAAGAGUUAAAGAUGACAAGGGAACAGUAUAUCUUGGCAACACAACAUAAUAACCUGCAGAGACCUGAAAAUCAACAAGUCUAUCAAGUAGGAAUUUAUGGAUGGCGGAAGCGGUGUCUAUACUUUUUUGUGCUUCUCCUGAUGGUGACAAUGAUUGUCAAUCUUGCAUUGACAAUAUGGAUAUUGAAAGUCAUGAAAUUCUCAGUGAAUGGAAUGGGAAACCUAAAAAUCACAAAUAAAGGCAUGCGGCUGGAAGGCAAAUCAGAAUUUCUUCUUCCAUUAUAUGUCAAAGAAAUUCAUUCACGAAAGGACAGCCCACUGAUGUUGCAGUCUGACAGGAAUGUAACCGUGAAUGCUCGCAAUAACCUUGGACAGAUUACUGGACAGCUGACAGUUGGGUCUAAUGCCGUAGAGGCCCAGUGCCGAAGAUUUGAAGUAAAAGCAGAAGAUGGCAAGAAGUUGUUAUUUUCUGCAGAUGAAAAUGAAAUUGCUAUUGGAGUUGACAAACUGCGGGUAACAGGUCCGGAAGGUGCAGUGUUUGAACAAUCAGUGGAAACACCUCAUGUCAGAGCUGAAUCCUCAGAAGAGCUCAAGUUGGAAUCUCCAACCCGAACUCUGACAAUGGAAGCCCCAAAGGGAGUAUAUAUCACUGCAGCCGAAGGGGAGCUUAAGGCAAGCUGUCGAAGAGAAUUAGAGCUCCAGUCUACAGAUGGGGAGAUAUUUUUAAAUGCAAAAACAAUCCGUUUGGGAAACAUCCCGCAGGGCUCAGCCAGUUCAUCGUCAGCCAGUUCUUCAAACCUGCGUCAGACUGUUUAUGAAGUAUGUGUAUGUCCCAAUGGCAAACUCUUUCUCUCACCGGCGUCAGUGGGUUCCACUUGCCAAUCCAGCAGCAGCAUCUGUUUGCGGAUUUAAAUCUAUUAAUGCUGUUGAAGUUUUACCACCGUAAAAGCCUUUUUGGUACUGUCCCUUGGCUCUGUUUGACUCUGACGGUGAAAUGGGAACCACUAUGAAUCUACAAAGCCUUUGCCGGGACAGAACAGGAGGACAUGACUGCCUCUCUAUGGUAAUUGGCCAGUCAGUGUAUUAACUGUCAAUGAAGAAAUGUCUGCCCCAAGACAAACUGGAUAUCACCCUUAUUUCCAGAAAGGGGUGAAAUACACAGGUGCCUUUGCUAAUUCAAGUAAAGCACAUAGUUAUUUUUUAUU